CACCAUCUUGGGAUCUGGAGCCGCCUCCCAGGUUCCGGGGACUCUGCCGGCACCGGCACGCUUCUGCGCCGGGCGCGCAGCGAGGACGCGGGGUGUCCGGACUCCGCCACGCUGCCCGGAUGGAUACCACUGCCUCCUCUGCAGCCACAGCACGUCCAUUCUGAAGUGCAGGAGAGGCGCGUUGCUUUUCAGGACUCUGCAUGACCAAACCAGAGUUCAUCUUUAAGUGGGAGCUUAGAUUCGGGCCAUGAACCACAGCAGAUGCCUCAGUUCGAUGCCUCCCAGGUUCAUCUUGAUCAAGGGGCUCUAAUGCCACUUCUGUUUCCUGGUGACAUGCUGCUCCCUUGAGAACUGUGUGAGGACGCUGGGUGUCCUGGAACCCGGAAAUGGUGUUGGUGUCAUUUGAGGACAUAGCCGUGGACUUCACCUGGGAGGAGUGGCAGAACCUGGAUGCUGCCCAGAGAGCCCUCUACAGGGACGUGAUGCUGGAGACCUACAGCAGCCUGGUGUCCUUGGGGCACUGCAUGACUAAGCCUGAGUUGAUCUUCAACCUAGAACAUGGACUUGGGCCCUGGAGCACAGCAGAUGCCUCAGUCUGGAACCUGUCAGGUGUCAACAAAAUGAGUAGCCUGGUUGAGGCUGGCCAGAAAAAUGGAGACAGACAUUUCUGGCAAAUUGAAAUCAACAGCAAUACAUCAAGUGAAGAACUUGUUGAAGCAGAACUAAAGAUUCAUGAAGAAAUCCACCGAGGGACAAAGUCCUAUGAAUGUGAAGUAUGUUUGGAAGCAUUUUACCUGAAGUCACAGUAUAGCACAAAUCAGAGCUAUCACACAUGUGAAAAUCCGUAUGAAUGUAAGGAAUGUCGACAAGCUUUCUACUCUAAGUCUACCUUCAGUCAAUAUCGGAGGCUCGAGAGAGGUGAGAAACCCCAUGCGUGUAUAGAAUGUGGGAAAACCUUCUACUGCAAGUCACACCUCACUGUACAUCAGAGAACUCACACAGGUGAGAAGCCUUACGAAUGUAAAGAAUGCAGGAAAGCGUUCUACAGCAAGUCACAGCUCAAUGUACACCUGAGAAUUCACACAGGGGAGAAGCCUUAUGAAUGCAAAGACUGCAGAAAAGCUUUCUACCGAAAUUCUGACCUCACUGUGCAUCAGAGAACUCACACAGGUGAGAAGCCCUAUGAAUGUCAAGUGUGCAGGAAGGCGUUCUACUGUAACUCACAGCUCACUGUACAUCACAGGACGCACACAGGAGAGAAGCCCUAUGAAUGUCAGGUAUGCAACAAAGCGUUCUACUGCAAGUCACAACUCGCCGUUCAUCACAGGACUCACACAGGCGAGAAGCCCUAUGAAUGUAAAGAAUGCAGGAAGGCGUUCCAGUGCAGGUCAGACCUCACUCGACAUCGGAGAACUCAUACCGGCGAGAGACCGUAUGAAUGCAACGAGUGCAGGAAAGCUUUCUAUCGCAAGUCAGACCUCACUGUACAUCAGAGGACUCACACAGGCGAGAAGCCCUAUGAAUGUAAAGAAUGCAGGAAGGCGUUCUACUGCAACUCGCAGCUCACUGUACAUCAAAGACAUCACACAGGCGAGAAGCCUUAUGAAUGUAAAGACUGUGGGAAAGCCUUUCAGUGCAAGUAUGAACUCACUCGACAUCAGAGAACACACACAGGUGAGAAACCUUAUGCAUGUCUAGAAUGCAAGAAAGCUUUUUACACCAAGUCAGAUCUCACGCGACAUCUGAAAACACACGCAGGGGACAAGCCCUGAAUAUAAAGGGUAAAGCUUGACACAAUAAGUCAGUCUUUCACUGGCAUCAGAGAACACAUAUGAAACUUUUUACCAUAAAAUUAGCCCUUAGUUAAUAUCAGAGAAUUCAUACAGAUGCAAAAAUAGCCAUGGAAAUAAAGAAAGCUCUCUAUUUUAACUCAUCUCUGUGUACAGACCAAUAAAUUUAGGGAAUGUAAGAAACUUCAUGUGGUCAAAUCUCAUCUGACAUCAUGUAGUAUAUACAGGUGAAUGACCCUUUGAAUAUAAAGAACAUAGAACAAGUUUUUUUAAAACCAUUAAGUGCAUUUAAUGGGCAGGGACCUCAUACAGGUAGACUUUAUCAGUAUGUAUAACACAAAAAAAUUUUGAUACCUAAGUCAGACCUCAGACUACAUCAAAACCAUCAUAAAGGUGCAGUUGUAUACAACAAGUGAUUAGCCAGGUAUAGGUUUUCAUCCUGAACCAUGUGGGUGAUUUGGCAGAGACUCAUUUGGACUUGAUUUUUAACAGCAUAGCAAGACACCAAACCGAAAGACUGGGAGAGCCGGUAUAAUGGUGCACACUUUAAUCCUAGCACUCAGGAGGCAGCAACAUAUGGAUCACUGUGAGUUUGAGGCUAGCCUGGUCAACAUAUUGUGUUCUGGGCCAGCUACGUCUAUACAGUGAAAUCCUGUCACAAAAAAGUGAGCAAAUCUUAAAUGACAGUAGAUGCCAUAUUGUUGUUGAACCAUAAGAAAGUAAAGAAUGUCAGAAAAAAUUUUAAAUAGUACUUGAAACUUAACUGGCAUCACAAACACAACGAGAAGAUAAUAAAGCAUGAGAGUGACACAGGAGUAUAGAUGCCACAUCUCAUGUGGCUUUUCAUCAGUUUGGUAAUGUCAGUAUUGAGCUGUAUACAGACACUCUAGAAACCCCACCAAGCUGCAGACUAUAGGAGCUGCACUCACAUGUUAGCAAGCAAGACAUCGAGUGUGAAUGUGAGAACAUGUUUGAAUUUAAAACUGGUUGAGCUGGGGACGUGGCUCAGUCACAGUGCACCUAGGAGCAAUGCAUUUCCUCUUCUUUUGUACCUGAGACUGCUUACCUAUCACCCAGACUUUCAGCAUUCAUGGACACCAAUCAAGUUUUAGAAAGUAUAAGCAGUUAUAAAACAGUUGUAACAAACUGACCAUGCAUUAAGUUGAGCACUGUCAGUGUAACCACACCGUUUUCAGCAAGACAGUCUGUAGAUAUUCAGGCCAGGCUGACUGAAUUCUUUGUAUCCUGUCCUGCUCUCGUAUUCAUGAUCAUGAUGCCUCAUUCUCGUAGGAGCUUUGAUUAGAGGAACGGUCUUCCAUGCAACUAUAUAUUCCUUUAAUAUGUGAAAAUUUUUUAGGUAAAACUUCAACAUUUUUACACAUCAUAAAUUUGGGGAAGAAAAUCUCAGUUUAUAUAACUUGCACAUUUAUUUCCAGAUAGAACUGUUUGAUAUGAUAUUGGAAACUAUGCACUCAACUGUAUACUACCAAAUAAACACAAUGAUAUUUCCA